AAAUCUGGUGCAUGCAAUCUAGUGCAAAAAGUGUUUAAAUCUCUAGUGCAUUGCUCAUCUGUUAUAUCCCAGGAAAAUUUAGAUGAAUAUAAAUCACAGCCCUCCAACCUAUAGUGAUUUGUAUGUUCAAUGUAUGUUAUACAUAUAUAUAUACACACACAUGUGUGGUCAGAAUUGGUAAUUACUAUCUUAUCAGGCUUUCUGCAGGUGGUAUUUAAUAGAUGUUUUCUCUUGGCUUAGGUGAUAGAUAUUUGCAAUCUUGGAGCAGGAUCUGCUUUCUCUCCUGCUGCUGCUGCAUAGUUCCCAGGGGAAAUAAAUGCUGCUCUGAGACAGGCCAGGUCCUGCAGCAAAAGUGGGAAGAUGCUACACUGCUCCUGUGAGAGAUGAUUUUCUUACAGCAUAGCAUAAUGGGAAAGGAAUGUGCUACCAACACCCGGGUUGCAAACAGACUUGAAUAAAUUUGAUUCAGAUACUGAGGAAACCAUAACCAUCCACACAAAUUUACAAACACAAACCCUUUGAAUAACAUUAGAACUGUUCAUUAGUUCUGCAAGGACUUCAGGAAACUCAAAGAAGCCAACUUAACAGCCUGUUACAACUUGGAAAGCAGCUGCCUUCUGUACAAAGCUGUGCCUUGCAUUUGAUAUGCAGAGGCAACAGUGACUCCCACUACAUGCAGCCCUUCUGCCAACUGAGCUUAGAAAAUCGAGGCAGCAGUGCAGGAGAACAGGCAACAACCGUCCCAAUGUAAGAGUCACUGCAAUGCUGUGGGAAGAGGAAGGGUACGGUAAAGUUCCCACAACUCAGACAGGCGUUACUAAGCGCUGUUGCUCAAACCUGUUUCCCUUGGGCUGUGAUAGGAGUUGAGCAAACUCGCUAGGUCUGUAAGGAGCCAUUUAAGCACAGCAGUGCUUUAGCGGGGUAGUGCUGGAAACCACCUUCUUAAAAUCCGUGACGGUGGCCUUUCUCUGUUAUUGGCUAAAUGAAGGGGGCUGUUCCCCAGCUCCCCACCCCUCCAAGGUAGCACUUCGGGCAGACAGAUGCACGAUGUCCUAUUUGUGCCAGCUUUGAGCCGUGCCGACAACACAGCAGCCCCACGAUCCUCUCGUUCCGCUCCGUCAGAGCCGGGAGGAAGCGAGGUCGCCGCUCUGCACACCCGGCGCGACCACCAGGAGGUCACAACACAUCCGAGAAGCAAAAUGAACACAUUUCCUUUCCGUCCCCGGUGCCCUCAGCACAAAACCAUUCGAGAACCGGCGGGGAGCUCAGGGAGCAAAGUGUGGCUUUGCGGGAGGACGGCGCGGCUCCUAGGGCUGGCAGGGCUGCCUUGAACGAGGGGAAGGAGGGGAAAAAAAAAAAAAAAAAAAAAAGAGAGAAAGAAAACCCGCUCCGGACAGGCUGGGCGGGUCCCCCUGCACCGCAACGCACCUCAGCGAGCGGGGAACGGCCGCGGGGCACGGCGAGGGCUGCCCUGGCACGGUUCGACUUCCUGGCUGUGCUUUAGCAGUGAGUGACUGAACAGAGUCUUCUCUGCAUUGUCGUGAUCAUAGUAAUGUGAACUUUAACGAGCACCUGCAAAAUUGUGUAGCAGUGAAGGAACUGCCAUGCCCGUGGGAAUCUUCCGAGUGUGCCUAGUGGUGAUUACAGCUAUUGUCAACCACCCACUCCUCUUCCCUAAAGAGAAUGGCACUGUCCUCGAGAAUACAGAAGAAAUCAUCCAGAAGAUGAAGGAGCGGGAGGAGAUCCUUCGGCUAGAGAAGUUGCGCUUGGAACAGGAAAUUGAAGGUCAGGAAGCUGCACAGAAGGUUCUGGAAAAAGCAGCAAAAGUAGUGGAGGAUGUCAAAGAGGAAAAGGUCCAAUGGGAUAUGUGGACUGCUCUUUCCAUGGUCAUCUUCCUAUUGAUCGAGCUCUGGAGGCAGGAUUUCCAGGAGGGGAAUUGGCAGGACACGGGAGCAGACGAGGAUGAUAUGGCUGUCCUGGGGAAAGCAUUUAAAGGGGUGGCCUUCCCUGACAAGGCCAUCUUAGCCAGCUUCUAUGAGAAGCGUAUCCUGGGUACCACUGGAGACAUGGCCAGGAUGCGGGAGAUGGUGGAAGGCUUUGCAGAUGACCUGCUGGAGGCCUUGAGGAGUGUUUGUAACCGGGAUGCUGACAUGGAAGUGGAGGACUGCAUGGGUGUGGGAAGCAUGUAUGAGAACUGGAGAGUGCGUAAACCUUUUGUCUGCGAUCUGAUUGUGCCUUUUGCACCCCCAGAGCCAUAUUGUUUCCGAUCUCAGAUAUGGUGCUCUGGCGAUUCUUUUCCCCCAGAUGAACAAGGAUAUGGCACUAUCAAGGUAUGCAGGGCAGAUGAGGAUGAGACAGGUUGCAUCUGUGACAAGACUAAACUAGGAGAAGAUAUGCUGUGCCUCCUCCAUAGCCAAGGCAAUGCUACCAGACGCAGCAGUGAAAUGGAAGACCUCUUGUGCUUCAAAAAUACGCAGUAUCUCGAUGCUGACCAAGUCAUGAAGUGGUUCCAGAUUGCAGUCACCAAGGCCUGGAACAAAAUUUCCCACAAGUAUGAAUUUGACCUGUCUUUUAGCCUCUUGGACUCCCCAGGAGCCCUGAAGAUAAAAUUUAAAUCGGGGAAAUCAGUUGCCUUCAACCUCACCCCUGUGGUGCAGUACGAGAACUCUGAUGUUUACUUCAUCUCUCAUUUCCCUCGGAACUGCCUGGCAGCAGACCUCCCUUCCAGCACUCACUGGUUUCUCACCUUUGCAGUGUAUGAGAGGAGGUUCAUCCAGAUGAUCUCCAAAAUGCUGCCUGCCAAUGCCUGCCAUGUCAGCUGCCUUCAGAUCCUCUCCUUCCUCCAUGGGAAGCAGUGCAGCCUCACAGGUCCAAGUGGGCUCACCAACUACCACCUGAAGACAGUGUUGCUGCAUCUGCUACAGACACGUCCAAGUCAGGACUGGGCCCCAGAGAAGCUGGAGGCCCGUCUACAGGACAUGUUGAAAUUCCUGGAGAAAUGUCUACAUGAGAAGAAGCUCUACCACUUCUUCAUUGGCAAUGGGAAGGUACCAGCAGAGCUGGGCUUCCCCAUCAUAUUCCAGAGGGCUGAGCCUCUCAACCUUUUCCGUCCCUUUGUUCUACACAGGGAUGUUUACAGAAAGACAAUUGACACAUUCCACGAGAUGCUCAGGAACACAUCUGCACUGAUAAGCGAGUACAUGGUGCACAUUCCCCAUGUACACACCAAUGGGAUCCAAAAGGAAUCUGUUUAACCAAAGCCAGCAGAAAAACACUUGUUCCUCUAAGCACAAAUCCAGAGUGCAGCUUUCCGAAGCCUUAUGGAGACAACUGACUUUGCCAGCGCAGCUUGUUGUCUGCAGCUAAACCAUGUCUGUGUCAUGGUUUCUGCAGUAAGGAAGAAGGGAUGGGGGGAGAAUAGAGAGAAAUGGGAAGAGAUGGUAUAAACGUAAGUUUCAGUUCCACAGUUGGGCUGGCUGGGUUUUAUGCAGCUAAGAAUAUAUUUUCUACUGUGCCUCAGUCAUGCUACAGUGGUGAUGAGCAAUGAACAUGGCUAAUUUAUUCUGGUGCCUUCAAAACGGUGGCAGUCUGCUUGCAGACAGGACAGCAGGAGCUCUGAGACCUAUGGGAGGUGCAACAUGAGCCUCAGCUGGAAAGGAGAGUCACUACUGAGGUCAUGCACAGUUCUAGACUGGAUGGAGAUCUUUAAAUCCAGCACAACUCUUUAAUUGAAAGGGAACAGUGGGUUUAAAAAGUGCAUUUUGAUAGGACUUGCAGCACUAAUUUAAACAGUCCUGUCCAUCAAACACACUCCUGAGCUACAGGUAUUUUUUCCCUUGAAAGA